AUGGCCACCACACCAAUCAGCCCAGGCCCCGGACGGACAGCGCAAAACGAAAAACCCAAGCUCACCAGGAUGCCACCGACACGCCUCGCCCUCGUUCUUGGUGACGUCGUACUCGGCCGCGCACCGGGCGCAGCUCUCGUAGCGCCGCCGCUUCGUCGUCGUCGUCGUCGACGAGCCGCUGCCGCUGCCGCUACCGCCGCCGCCGCUGCCGUCCCAGCUCAGCCGCGAAAAGGACGACUGCACCGUCUGCACCAGGAAUUCCUGCUCGACCGCCUCGCGGCACGGCCGCUCCGCGAAGGCGAUGCGCAGCAGGAUCUCGCGCACCAGCUCCGGCGACGCCGCCUGGAUCGCGUCGAUGAGGGCUUGUUGUUGUGA